AUGCGCCUCCCCGUCCCUUGCCCAUGCGCCUCCCAUCUCCCCUCUCCCCAUGCCCCUCCGCGCGCCUAUUCCCCCCCAACCCUCUCUCCCCCCCACACCAGUCUCGAUCUCUUCUUCUGCCCCAGCAACGCCCCCCACUGCCCCCCGUCGCCCCCCUCUUCCCGCUCCCCGCCUCCCCUGCCGCCUGCACCCGCCUCGCCCCCAUCCCAUUCCACCUCCCCCUCCUCUCCGCCCCCCUCCUCCUCCCUUUCCCCCGCAUCCCCCUCCUCCGCCUCCCUCGGUGCUCCCUCCAACCCCCCCUCUUCCACCUACCCAUCCCCCUCUCCGCCCUCCGCCCACCCGUCCCCCGCGCACCACUCCGCCUGCCUCUCCCCCGCGCACCCGUCCAAGUGGCGGAGGCAGCAGCAGCGCAGGAGACACUCCAUCCUGCUUCACCCGCCCACGCCGCACUCCCUCUGCCACUCCCACCUCGUCCACACGCCCCCCCAUCCGUCUGACAACCAAUUGCAUACUGCCACGUCAGACGAGAGCAGGGACAGCAGCAGCACCAGUUCCCCCAGCAGCAGCAGUCUCUUCCUCUAUCCGUCCCCUUCCUCCUCCUCCUCACUCUCCUCCUCCUCCUCCCUCCCUCUCGCUCACAACUUUGACACCGCUGACUCAGCAUGCUCGCCAGCAUGGCGCCAUGCCACGUGUCAAGCGCAGCAGCAUUGCGGGGGCGGCUGGAAGGACGUGCCAGGGGAGGUGCUACUGGCCAUUCUGGACGGCACUGACAACCGCACACUGCUGUGCGCCGCUGCUGUCUGCAGGGGGUGGGCUGCUGCUGUGUUCGGCCUCACUGCCCAGCUGUCGCUCUCCUGGUGUGCCAAGGGCGUCAACUCGCUGGCCUCUCACCUCGUGCCGCACUUUGCACGCCUGCAGGUGCUCGAUCUGCGGCGCUGUCCAUCACUAAGGGAUGCCACGCUGGCAACUGUUGCUGCCAGCUCACCCAUGCUGACGUGUCUGGUCCUCAGUGGCUCCCCCCUCAUCACUGACACGUCACUGCACGCACUCGCCUCCCACUGCCCCUCGCUGCAGGUGUUGGAUCUGAGUGCCUGCAGCGCCAUCUCCCCCGCGGGCCUCACAGCACUGGCGGCGCGCUGCACGCAGCUGGGAGAGCUCUCCCUGUGUGGCUGCCGCCAUGCCGCCACCGACCAAGCUCUCAUUGCGCUAGCGCAGGGGUGCAAAUGGCUAGAGGUGGUGAACCUGGGGUGGUGUGAGGGCGUCACGGACCGAGGGGUCACGGCUGUGGCCAGGGGGUGCCCGGGGCUCAGGGUGGUGGACCUCUGUGGCUGCUACCGCAUCACAGACGCGUCAGUGGUGUCACUAGCGGCGCACUGCCCCUUGCUGCAGGGCCUGGGGCUGCACUGCUGCCGCCAGCUCACCAGCCACGCCAUGCUGGCACUCGCUGACGGGGCGGCUGCCACGUGGCACCGCCAUGCUGGCAAGCACGGAUCCUUGAAACCAACAUCCAUGGGAGCAUGUGAGAGGGCUGCUGCCGCGGCACGGGGCAUGAGGAGGAGCAUCCCCCCUAGGCUGGCCCUGCCAGCCACCCCUCGCAUGGGCGAUGCCACCACGGUGCUCUACUCGCGCCCGCCACGUGGCGCGCACGGAUUGGUCUCGCUCAACAUCAGCGGCUGCCUGGCCAUCACCCCGUCAGCCCUGCAGGCGGUGUGUGACGCGCACCCCCAUCUGCACACCUGCCCUGCCCGCCACUCCCUCAACACCAGCGGCUGCAUCGCCCUGCAGCCUGUGCACUGCCGCUGCCCCCGUGCCUCUGCUGCCUGA